UUUCUUAGCGUCACAUCCAAGCUAAAUAAGAACAGCUAUAAAACGGAAGAAGCGGAGGGAUGCGAGAGGGUUCUUACAGGAAGGGGAAGUUUGAAUUGAAUCCACAACGCAGAGCCACCGUGAGAGUUUCUAGAGUUUUCUGUCUCGAUCGCAGGGCGCCAUGGCCGAGAGGUUCAGGGACUUGAACCAGCCGAUCGAUGUGGCCCUCCUCGACGCUACUGUGUCCGCCUUCUACGGCACGGGUUCCAAAGAGGAGAGGUCAGCUGCCGACCAGAUGUUGCGAGAAUUACAGAAUAACCCUGAUACUUGGCUGCAAGUAGUUCACAUUCUGCAAAAUUCACAAAGCUUGAAUACCAAGUUUUUUGCACUUCAGGUAUUAGAAAGUGUCAUCAAGUAUAGAUGGAAUGCACUACCAGUUGAACAACGUGAUGGAAUGAAAAAUUAUGUCUCUAAUGUUAUUGUUCAGCUUUCUACUAGUGAAGCAUCUUUUCGGAAGGAAAGGCUCUACAUCAAUAAGCUUAAUGUUAUAUUAGUGCAGGUCUUAAAGCAUGAAUGGCCAGCCAAAUGGUCAAGUUUCAUUCCUGAUCUUGUUUCAGCUGCAAAGAGCAGUGAAACCAUCUGUGAAAAUUGCAUGGUUAUACUAAAGCUAUUGAGUGAAGAAGUCUUUGAUUUCUCCAGGGGAGAGAUGACCCAACUAAAAAUAAAAGAGCUCAAGCAGUCUUUGAACAGUGAAUUUCAACUCAUUCAUGAGUUAUGCUUAUACGUACUGUCAGCAUCACAAAGAACAGAACUUAUCAGGGCCACAUUGGAUACACUUAAUGCUUUUUUAUCGUGGAUUCCACUUGGUUACAUAUUUGAGUCUCCGCUGUUGGAGAUACUUCUGAAAUUAUUUCCUGUUACAUCAUACCGGAACCCUGCACUUCAGUGCUUGACGGAGGUUGCUGCACUUCAGUUUGGUGAAUUUUAUGAUUUGCAGUAUGCAAAGAUGUAUAGCAUCUUCAUGAUACAAUUGCAGACUGUUAUUCUACCUGCUACAAAUUUUCCUGAAGCUUAUACAAAUGGUUCAAGUGAAGAGCAGGCAUUUAUCCAAAACCUUGCUUUAUUUUUUGCUUCGUUUUACAAGUCUCACAUCCGCAUUCUGGAAUCUACACUAGAAAAUAGAGCCACAUUGUUGUUGGGUCUUGAAUAUCUUAUUGGUAUCUCAUAUGUAGACGAUACAGAAGUCUUCAAGGUUUGCAUGGACUAUUGGAAUUUGCUGGUUUUAGAACUGUUUGAAUCACAUCAAAACUUGGAAAACACUGCUGUUACUUCUGGUGGUCUGAUGCAACUUCAGGCAAGAAUGAUUCCGGAGAUCGUUGAUGGUCUUAGUUCACCAGUUCUUCAAAGGAGACAACUUUAUUCAGCUCCGUUGUCUAAGUUAAGGACACUCAUGAUUUGUCGUAUGGCUAAACCAGAAGAAGUUUUAAUAGUUGAAGAUGAAAAUGGCAAUAUAGUUCGGGAAACUAUGAAAGAUAAUGAUGUCCUUGUUCAAUAUAAGAUCAUGAGGGAAACACUAAUAUAUUUGUCACACCUUGAUCAUGAAGACACAGAACAGCAGAUGUUGAAGAAGCUAAACAAGCAAUUGAGUGGGGAAGAAUGGUCUUGGAACAACUUAAAUGCAUUAUGCUGGGCCAUUGGAUCAAUAUCUGGUUCAAUGAUGGAGGAGCAGGAAAAUAGGUUUCUAGUUUUGGUCAUUCGUGAUUUGCUGAAUCUUUGUGAAAUAACCAAAGGAAAAGACAACAAAGCGGUGAUUGCAAGUAACAUUAUGUAUGUUGUUGGACAAUAUCCAAGAUUUCUUAGGGCUCAUUGGAAGUUUCUGAAAACAGUUGUGAAUAAAUUGUUUGAAUUUAUGCACGAAACUCACCCAGGAGUACAGGACAUGGCUUGUGAUACUUUUCUUAAAAUUGUCCAGAAAUGCAAGCGUAGAUUUGUGAUUAUUCAGCUGGGAGAGAAGGAGCCUUUUGUAUUGGAACUUCUUACUGGUCUUCCAAGUACAAUCGUGGAUCUUCAGCCUCACCAGAUUCACUCUUUCUAUGAAUCUGUUGGUCAAAUGAUUCAAGCAGAACCUGAUUCUGUUAAGAGAGACGAGUAUUUGAGAAGAUUAAUGGAUCUUCCAAAUCGAAAAUGGGCUGAAAUAAUUGGACAAGCCAGACAAAGUGUCGAUAUCCUGAAAGACCAAGAAAUUAUAAGAUCGGUUCUUAAUAUAAUGCAGACAAAUACAAGUGUUGCUAAUUCUCUUGGUUCUUAUUUCUUCCCUCAAAUAUCUUUAAUAUUCUUGGACAUGCUUACUGUAUACCGGAUGUAUAGUGAGCUAAUUUCAAGUAGUAUUGCUGAAGGAGGACCUUUUGCUUCAAAAACAUCUUUUGUGAAGCUUCUAAGAUCUGUAAAGAGAGAGACACUAAAGUUGAUCGAGACAUUUAUUGACAAAGCUGAAGAUCAGCCACAUAUCGGAAAGCAGUUUGUACCACCAAUGAUGGACCCAAUCCUUGGUGACUAUGCUAGGAAUUUGCCAGAUGCCAGGGAGUCUGAAGUCUUGUCGCUCUUUUCAACAAUUAUAAAUAAAUACAAAGGUGCAAUGAUGGAGUACGUACCUCGCAUAUUUGAGGCUGUUUUUCAGUGCACCCUUGAGAUGAUCACAAAGAAUUUUGAGGACUAUCCAGAGCAUCGUCUCAAGUUCUUUUCUUUAUUGCGUGCAAUUGGCACACAUUGUUUUCAAGCUUUAAUUCAACUCUCAGACCAGCAAUUGAAACUUGUGAUGGAUUCUAUCAUGUGGGCUUUCAGACAUACUGAAAGAAAUAUUGCUGAAACUGGUCUCAGUCUUUUGUUGGAGUUGUUGAAAAAUUUCCAGGUUUCUGAGUUUUGCAACCAAUUCUAUAGAAACUAUAUUUUGACGAUUAACCAAGAAAUCUUUGCUGUCUUGACGGAUACUUUCCACAAGCCUGGCUUUAAAUUACAUGUCUUGGUGCUUCAGCGUUUGUUUUGUUUGGUCGAUUCUGGUGCAAUUACAGAGCCCCUGUGGGAUGUUUCUACAGUAGCAUAUCCAUACCCGAACAAUACAAUUUAUGUUCAAGAUUACACUAUAAAAUUAUUAGCAUCAUCUUUUCCAAACAUGAAUGCAGCAGAGAUUAAACAAUUUGUUGGUGUACUAUUUGAGUCAAAAAGUGAUCUUCCAACCUUUAAGAACCAUAUACGAGAUUUUCUUGUACAGUCAAAGGAGUUCUCUGCCCAGGACAACAAAGAUCUUUAUGCGGAAGAAGCUGCAGCACAGAGAGAAGUGGAACGCCAGAGGAUGCUGUCAAUUCCUGGGCUAAUAGCUCCCAGCGAGCUACAGGAUGAGAUGGUGGAUCUAUAGUGCUCGAUGACUUCCAUUGCAGAGCUGUUUCUGUGGCUUUUUCUUGUGUUCCCGGCUGAUCUGUUGGGAUAUUACUUGCCGUUUCAGAUUUCAAUUAUGCUAUUCUUGCUUAUCCAAUCGAUGCGAAAGGAUCUAGCCGCUGUCUGUCAUUGGAGCUGUUCUGACUGCUGGUGAUACUUUACUGAUGUUUGGUUGAAGUGGAAGCAGCUUCCGGCAGAAAGUAAUCUCAUCGACGAAAACCAUAAUAUUACAGUGACAAUAGUGUGUUUAGGCUUUUAGAUGUGUGAGCAAUCUUUUGGUUUGUUGAUAAUCUAUUAUGAUACUUUUCUUUAUUGGUCCUUUGUGACCCAGUGAUUAGUAGUUUACUUCUUAGUGUAUUUUCUGGUGCUUUUUAAAUACGUUUUUAUUGUUCAUUUUAGUUGGAGCAACCCUGUCAUUUUAUUAAUGUAGAAAUAUCAAUACAUCAUUUCAAUGUGACUUCUUUAA